GUUGUACAGUACUCUUAAAAAGGUUCACUGAAAGACAUUUCAAAAUUACCGGGAAAAAAAAGAAGCAAAUUUUUUUAAAAAAGGACUACAAGAAUGUACAACAACAAGUGUGAAGUUAAUCAACACAUAUAAAAGCGCAAUUAUUUUCCGUGAAAAAUUCUAUGAAAAUUUGGGAAUUAAAAUAAAAACUCUACGCUUUUAACAAUAUUUCACGAGCUGAAGUUAGAACAAAAAGCAUUCGUUUCAUCUAAUUCGUGAACAACUUUUAAUUUAAUAUUAUAUAUAUAUAUAUAAGGAAACAUUUAUUUUAAUAAAUUUAAUUUCAACGAGAUAUUGUCGAAGUUAAAAGGAAACUUAAAUCGAUGGAAAAAAUGGAAAAUAGUUUAACUAAUCUUGUAACAAUAAUAUAUAAAAGUAGAGAUAGCAGAUUGGAUGAAUGGCCGCUGAUGUCUUCGCCAGCACCUAUAUCAAUUUUAUUAUUUACGUACCUGACAUUUAUUUUGUUUAUUGGUCCACUGCUAAUGGAAAAUCGUAAAGCAUUUGCUCUUAGACGAAUAUUGCAAGUUUAUAAUAUAAUUCAAAUCUUUUUUAAUAUCUUCAUGAUAGUCAGUCUUACUUACAGAAAAGUAUAUAUUAUUGGGAAUUUAUUUAGUAGUUCUUGUAAAGUGGAACGCACGAAUGAUGAAAUCUUAUAUCUAUCGGAAUGUGCUUGGUAUUAUAUGAUUAAUAAAAUAUUGGAUUUGCUCGAUACGAUAUUUAUUGUAUUACGUAAGAAACAAAGUCAAGUUACUUUUUUGCAUGUUUAUCAUCAUACCAUUAUGGUGGUGUCAGCGUGGUCACUAUUAAAAUAUGCCGAUUUGUCGGAAGAAUUUGGCUUUGGCUAUGUACUAAAUAAUGGGAUUCACAUUUUAAUGUAUUUCUACUAUCUAGUGGCGGCGAUGGGUCCUCAAUAUCAAAGAUACUUAUGGUGGAAGAAAUAUAUAACAAAAAUGCAAAUGGGUCAGUUCGCCUUAGUUCUACUAUAUAUGGCGAUAAUAGCUAUGAAAGGAUGCGGAGUAUCUUUAGCGAUGAAGAUGGGUAUAAUAUUAAAUGCCAGUGUCUUUCUCUUACUCUUUACUAAUUUCUAUCGUAAAGCUUAUACGAAAAAAGAUGAUUCUACCGAAAAAAGUAAUAAACUGAAUUAA